CGGCUAACGUCGACGCCGAGUUGGCCGUUUGCUGGAGCCGUCGGUGUCGCGUCGACGAGCUAACGUUACCGCAGUCGUCACAACCGUGGUGCUUUAAAUAUGCUUUAAUCUGUUGUCUGCGGUAAUCUUUAUCGUAGCCACGCAUUAAACGAUCUUCCCUUUCGUGAAUAGGAGCGCGCACACAGCCGCUUGUGAACAGUUUGUACGGGGGGGGCACAAUUCUGGAAGGGUCCCGUGAUAGGAAACAAAUAAUCACCGUCCAGCACAUAGCCGGGCCCCACGCCCUUGUUUGGUUCUGUCUAGCGUUUUUACGGGGAAAUCUUUAAAACAACUCUAUAAAUGCUUACUCGUACAUUCGGUAAACUGUCUUCAUCGUCACGAGCUGUUCUCCGUCUCAGUGUCGGUAGCAAACGAUGCCAUUGACGCGGGAUGUAGCUAUGUUCGGAAAGGAGUGAGAUGUUUCAAGCCACAGAGCUGAAUGCCAAGUUGCCUUCUGCUGUUAAGAGAUAGCCAGUCUGUCCGGAUGGAGACCCGGGAGUCUCUUCCCUCCUCCCGGGCGACGCACCGACAGCCUGAGAAAAUGCACUGGGCCGGCGGAUACGUUUUUCUGGUCCUGGCGUCCCUCAUCGCCUCUCACACCGCCGGGGCCCUCACGGUGGACGCGGAGGGAAACCGUACAGUGAACGGCAACGUGACUGAUGGCGGAUUUGUCCCAGUUGUGUUCACGAAAGUGAGCCAGAUAAUUGCCCGGGAGGGUAGCUGCGCGCUGAUUGAUUGCAAUGUGACCGGAGAGCCGUUCCCCAGUGUUCAGUGGUUCAACUCCCACGGAGACCGCCUGGACACGGAGACAAACGGUGAGAAGUGGUGGCUGUUGGACAGUGGUGUCCUGAACAUCACCAGCAUCGAGUUCGCAGACCGUGGAAAGUACACCUGCAUGGCGUCCAAUGUGCACGGCAGCUCCAACUGCACGGUGACGCUGCGUGUGGUCUUCACUAACGGUGACAUGGGUGUGUACUACAUGGUGGUAUGUCUGGUCACCUUCACCAUCAUCAUGGUCCUGAACGUCACACGCCUCUGCAUGAUGAGCAGCCAUCUGAAGAAGACGGAGAAAGCCAUCAACGAAUUCUUCCGCACGGAGGGCGCCGAGAAGCUGCAGAAGGCCUUCGAGAUCGCCAAGCGAAUCCCCAUCAUCACCUCGGCCAAGACGCUGGAGCUGGCCAAGGUGACCCAGUUCAAGACCAUGGAGUUCGCUCGGUACAUCGAGGAGCUGGCUCGCAGCAUCCCGCUGCCGCCGCUCAUCAUGAACUGCCGCAACUUCAUGGAGGAGAUCCUGGAGGUGGUGGGGGUGGAGGAGAUGAGGCACACCUUCGUCAGGCAGGCGCCCGAGGGAGCGAGCAGGGCCAUCGGGGCGAGAGACGUCUUCACCAUCCUGCAGGAGAGGGAGAGAGGAAGGGAGCGAGAGAGGGAGCGCAGCGAAUCCCCCGCCGCCGACUCUGACAACUCCUCAGUUCAGGAGCAGCCGCAGCACAUCGCCAUCCAGGUGUCGGUGCACCCGCAGCUCCCCGUGGGCGGGUACUGCGGCAUUGAAGCUCCGCCUCAGCCAGAGGCCACGUGCUCCCCGCCUCCGCCGCCCUCCCCCUCACCGCUGACUCCUCUUCACCACAAGGAGCAGGCGGAGGGAGAGGAGGACACCGACCAGGCUGCGCCCAAACCGACAGACGCCAAUAAGACCCCUUCCUGCCAGGUGUUUUAUGAGAGCCACGUGUGACGAAACAAAGCAACCCUGGAGGAGGAGCGGCGAGUUAUCCUGCUAUGCAUUUCCACUUGAAGACAAAAAAAAAAUAUAAAAGGUCAGAACAUUUUUAAUUUCACAUUUUGAAAUCAAUCACGUUUUUUUAUCUUUUCUGAAGAGAACAAUCUCUCUCUCUUUGUUCUACUGAGAAGAAAUCAUGACAUUUUUAGAUGUUUUUUUUCCUCACUCUGGACUCAUGCUUGAAUGUACACAGGAGGGUUAAUCAACAUUAAUGUAACAAGCAGCGAAUUGUAAAGUAACGUUUCCUGUGUUAAAUUUCUUAGCUCUGUUAUUUAAAGAUUUAUGGUACUUCACUCUCAGUGGAGAAUGAUUUUUUUCAGUUUUCGGUUUCUUACAGUGCUCGUGUUUUUAUGACUAACUCCUGAAAUCUGCCUCAAGCUGCUCUUCAUGCCGUUUUCUCGAACCAUGAAAGCUCAUUCGCUCAGUAAUUCACAUCCAGCUACUGUUAGAACUGAUCUGCUGUUGUUGUACAGAGUUCUGCUCACCUGGAGAUGCAUGCUGGACUGAAAAACCAUUUGAGAGUUUGGUCGCCAUUUCAUGAUUGUGAGGCCUACUGUGUUUCUGCACACACAAAAAUACUUGUAAGCCAGGUGAAUGUGUGUGUGCAGUGUAUUUCCUGAUUGGUCACACACCUCUUGAGUUUUUGUCUGUUUCCUUUGAAAUAUUUUAAAGAUCAUUAUUAUUAUUAUUAUUAUUACAUAUUGUGGUGUGACUUUUGUUUCUCACAGUUUCAUUAGGUUUUAGAAAACAGUCUUUUGUCUUCUUCCACCUCAGUAGAGGAGUCGCUUCUUUUCCUUCAGUUUUCGGUUUUUAAUUUUUAAACUUUCUCACCUGAUCUCAGCAACAUGUUGCUCCUGCAGAAGCUUUACAGUACAGUUGCGUUUCUGCUGCAUGUGAAAGUGGAUAGUGGAGAUGUUCGACAUCGUUCUCUGGGACUAAAAGGACUUCGUUCUUGUUUUCCUUUCUUCCCUUUGCUUGGCCAGCGGUCCAGUCUGUGGUGGAGACAAAAUGGAUGCUGUUCUGCUUCUUACCGGUGCUCUUGAGAUGCCUCUUUUUUGGUAGUAGAAUAAAAUUGAAGUGCUGUGUAA